AUGGCUGACACUUACGACCAAUCUGCGCACGCGCAGAACUCACCCGAUGUCGAGGAACAUAUGAGUGUCGGGCGAUACAUCGCUACGCGUAUUCCCUCGCUGGUGCCGCCCAUGAACCCGGCCCCGAAUCCGUUCAAGGCCCUGACUCUGUUGAACCGACAACAAUGGAUGUUCUUCGCGGUCGCCUUCUGCGGCUGGACCUGGGAUGCAUUCGAUUUCUUCACCGUCUCCCUGACCACCUCCCAGCUGGCCAAGACCUUUGACAAAUCCAUUACCGACAUCACCUGGGGUAUCACCCUCGUGCUGAUGCUGCGAUCCAUCGGCGCCAUCAUCUUCGGUAUUGCCUCUGAUCGUUACGGUCGUAAAUGGCCCUUUGUCGUUAACCAGCUGCUCUUCGUCGUCAUCGAGCUCGGUGGUGGUUUCUGUCAGACCUACAAGCAGUUCCUGGCCUGCCGUGCCAUCUUUGGUAUCGCCAUGGGCGGUCUGUACGGCAACGCUGCGGCUACUGCGCUCGAGGAUUGCCCGCCCGAGGCUCGUGGUAUUAUCUCUGGUUUGCUGCAGCAGGGUUAUGCUUUUGGAUAUCUCCUGGCGACGGCCUUUGCGCGCGGUCUCGUCGAUACUACCUCCCACGGCUGGCGUCCGCUGUACUGGUUCGCUGCCUGCCCUCCUCUGUUGAUCAUCGCGUUCCGUCUGUGUCUGCCCGAGACGGAGACCUUCCGUCGUCGUCAGGAGGCGCGUGCCGAGAUGCGUGGUGGUGUUGCUGCUUCCUUUAUGUCUGAGGGUAAGGUCGCCCUCAAGCGCCACUGGCUGCUGCUGAUCUACCUUGUCCUGCUCAUGGCCGGUUUCAACUUCAUGUCCCACGGCUCCCAAGACCUCUACCCCACCAUGCUCAGCAACCAAUUCAACCUCUCCAAAAACGGCGUCACAAUCACCCAAGUCGUCGCCAACCUCGGCGCCCUCUCCGGCGGCACCCUCUGUGGCUGGGCCUCUCAAAUCUUCGGCCGCCGCUUCUCCAUAAUAAUCAUCUGCAUCGUCGGCGGCGCCCUCCUCUACCCAUACACCUUCAUCAAAAACGAAAGCGUUAUGGCCGCCGCCUUCUUCGAGCAAUUCAUGGUCCAAGGAGCCUGGGGCGUCAUCCCCAUUCACCUGAUGGAACUGUCCCCAGGUUCCAUCCGUACCUUUGUGGUUGGUACCUCGUACCAGUUGGGUAACUUGGUGUCGUCGGCUAGUUCCACCAUCGAGUCUACUAUUGGCGAGCAGUUCCCGUUGCCGCCUACUAAGGCUGCGCCGCAUCGGUAUGAGUAUGGCAAAGUUAUUUGUAUCUUUAUGGGCUGUGUGUUUGCUUAUGUUAUUUUGUUGACGAUUGCGGGUCCGGAACGCCUGGGCAGGAACUUUGAUGCGGAUCAUGAUGCUGAUUUGGCCGUUGUUGCGGCGCAGCGCGGUAUGAAUCGCGAUGGGUAUGAGAGUGAUCCUGAGAAGGCCACUGCUACGCAGAGGGAGUAA